AUGACCAUCGUGUCCCAUCACUUAUUAACGGGUCGCGGGUCCUCGGUAGUUGAGGGGAUGGAAUGCGGUCAUAGAGCUCAGGGAGGAUAUUAUCUCCCAUUGCUGGAAGCAGAAGAUCUGGAGUGGAAGGUGGAGGACAUGUUUGGACUAUGCGGGUCUCCUAGGAGGCAGGCAGGUGUCAGAUUAACAUCCCGUACUCCCGACGUACACCGGAGGAGUGACGGAUAA